AUGGAGUGCAAUCGAGUGAAGGGAAGAAGGUUUCGCAACUACGCUUCACAGUGGGAUUCUUUCCCUUUCAGUAGGGCGCAAGUGGAGUCUUCGGAGGUGAUUUCAUCUAUUUUCUUUUCUGAGUUUCUAGAGAGGAUAAGAGCGGCAGAUAUCUUCAAACUGUUUGGGUGCAUCGGCGAUGUGGUGGAGGUGGUGAUUCUGCCUCGGAGAAACAAGAUGGGGAAAAGGUAUGGUUUUGCUAGGUUCAGAGGUGUUAAAGAUUCUAGGUUAUUGGCGGUCAAAUUGGAUAGCUUUUUUAUCGAUGGGAGAAAGAUUCAUGCUAAUAUUUCUAGGAUUGAUAGAGGAUUAGGGGAUGCAUUUUGGCGGAGAUUAGGUUAUAAUGAGGGGGCUGCGGUGCUGAGAAGGGGAGAUUCUAUGGAUGGGAUGAGUUCUUUUGUGGGAGUAAAAUAUUUCGCAAACAUUGUAUCGGAAGGGAAGAAAAAGGUUGUUCAUGAUGCUCACUCGUCCUUUGCUUUCAGCUUUAAACCUAAACAUUCUAACCAAUGGAAGAAGGCCUUUGUCGGUGAAGUGCUUUUUUCGAGUGAGUCUUUUAAUAUUCAAACUCAUCUAGAAGUUAAAGGGAUCUCUGUUGUCAAAGUUUGUCCGAUUGGUGCGAACCUUUUUUUGUUAGAGGAAACAGCGGAAGGUAUGAUUCUAUAUUUGAUUAGUGAGGGGAGUUCUAGGUGGAAACAAUGGUUCCGAUCUAUUAGACCUUGGAGGACGAGUGAUGUAGAUUCAGUCAGGUUGGCAUGGAUUCAUGUUCACGGCAUUCCUUGCCAUGCUUGGUGUUUCGAAUUUUUUGGGAAGAUCGCUAACUACAUUGGCACAUUUGUUUCGGUUGAUGAGAACACGAUGAAAGGUAGUAAUAGGGACAUCACUAGGUUUAUGGUGAGAGUCCCUGUGAAUUUUGUUUUGAAAGAACGGAUUAUCAUUGAUAUUGAUGGUGUUGAGUUUGAUUUAGUUAUGCGCGAGGAUUUGUACGGUGCGAUGAAGUAUGUCAAAAGGCUGGGAAGUGAUAAGGGUUAG